CCUCAAUAUCAUGUGAUUCAGGUGUUCCAAUCCCCUCCCAAUCAUGUGAUUCAGGUGUUCCAAUCCCCUCCAUAUCAUGUGAUUCAGGUGUUCCAAUCCCCUCCAUAUCAUGUGAUUCAGGUGUCCCAAUCCCCUCCAUGUCAUGUGAUUCAGGUGUUCCAAUCCCUUCCAUAUCAUGUGAUUCAGGUUUCCCAAUCCCCUCCGUAUCAUGUGAUUCAGGUGUUCCAAUCCCUUUCAUAUCAUGUGAUUCAGGUGUUCCAAUCCCCUCUAUAUCAUGUGAUUCAGGUGUUCCAAUCCCCUCCAUAUCAUGUGAUUCAAGUGUUCCAAUCCCCUGCAUAUCAUGUGAUUCAGGUGUUCCAAUCCCCUGCAUAUCAUGUGAUUCAGGUGCUCCAAUCC